UUAAGGUGUCCUCCAAGUAUCCACCAAUCAACCACCGUUCCCUACCCCCAUCUCACCAAACACCACCACCGGAAUCCAUGGCCGUCCCUUUCAAUAACUGUCGUCAUCCAUAGCUUUCUAAUACUACAACUCUAGUUUUUCCUACAAUCGAUUUGAUCGACAAACUUUCUCUUGAUUUCAUCGCAAUCAAACAUAAUCAUGGCGACGACGAUGCCAUCUCAAUCUCCUUCCUCUUCCUCUGAAGACACCACCACCAACAACAACAUCGAUUCCACGCCGUUGCUCAACACCAGCACCACUUCCGAUGCGAUCUUCCGUAGUCGUCAAUUUGUCAGGGGUACUCCCUCCCUUCGUGGCGCUGCGAGGUUCCUUCGUCGCGCCAGUAGCAGACGGAUGCUCCGUGAGCCGUCGAUGCGGGUGAGGGAAUCGGCCGCUGAGCAAAUCGAAGAACGCCAGACCGAUUGGGCUUACUCACGCCCGAUUGUGAUUCUGGACUUGAUUUGGAACCUCGCGUUUAUUGUUGUUUCGAUAUCUGUACUGAUUAUGAGCCGAAAGGAGGAUCCACAGAGGCCUUUGAGGCUUUGGAUUGUUGGAUAUGCUUGUCAGUGUUUGCUUCAUAUGGUUUGUGUGUGUGUUGAGUACAAACACAGGUACCAGCAACGCUCGUCGGAGUAUGGUGGCAAUUUGAGGUCGGAAGUUAAUAAUGGAAAUCCCAAUUCCAACUCUUCGAGUUCAGGGAGUGAGGAAAGGGAGAAUGCAGCAUUUUCACCGGAUCGGUCGUCUAAUGACGAUGAUACCAGUGUUGCUAAGCAUCUGGAGUCUGCUAAUACGAUGUUUUCAUUUAUUUGGUGGAUUGUUGGAUUCUAUUGGGUGUCUUCUGGUGGUCAACAUCUUACUAUGAAUGCACCUCAACUAUACUGGCUCUGUAUUACAUUCUUGGCAUUUGAUGUGUUUUUUGUCGUUAUCUGCGUUGCUGUGGCAUGUGUUGUUGGUAUUGCUGUUUGCUGCUGUCUACCUUGUAUUAUUGCAAUCUUGUAUGCGGUGGCUGAUCAGGAGGGUGCAACCAAGGAUGAUAUUGAACGAUUGCCUAAAUACAAAUUUAAGAGAAUAGAUGAUUUCGAGAAAGAAAAUGGCGAGAUCCAAAAAGGUUAUGGUGGAAUAAUGGUAGAAUGUGAUACCGAUUCGCCAGUUGAACGUGCUUUAUCUGAGGAGGAUGCUGAAUGCUGCAUUUGCCUUUGCACGUACGAUGACGGAACCGAACUCCGUGAGCUCCCGUGCUGUCACCAUUUUCACACCCCGUGCAUCGAUAAAUGGCUAUACAUCAACGCCACCUGCCCGCUCUGCAAGUUCAACAUACUCAAAAACGGUAACCAAAGUGGGAGCGAUGAAGUAUAACCAACCAAACCCACAGAUAUCAUUUCCUUCACGAUUCUUGAUCCCAACCCAUCUUUUGGUAUGUGAUUUUUAAUGUAAAUUCGAUACAAGACUCGUGUUCUUAAAGUUUUCGACUUAUCGGGAUUUGGGAUCGAGGACUGAAGAGGGUACCAACCUCUCUUUCUUUUUGCCAUAUUUAUUUGGAGAUGUAAAGUUACAUAUUUUGUGUAGGAAUACGGUCUCUAACCGCGGCGUGCAUUAUUGGUUGUACUCUAUGCAAUGUAAGUUGUAGGGUUCGGUGUUGUAGCU